AUUCCGUGUUCUGACCAAUCAGCAGCGAACUUUGAGGACGGUGACACGAUCCCGCCAAAUCUGACUGACGGGCGCGAGGCAGCAACGGGGAUCCAGAGGGAACGUGUGGGAGAUGCGGAAAGGUUAAGAAUAAAAAGAUAUCAAACGUGAGGGAAGUAUCGGAUUCGGAUGGUGGUGGAGAUGCUAGCGGCGGAAGAUCCAUCCGUGGAAGGGCAUUUACCAUCCACUCCACGGAGGAGAGGUAUGAAUGCCAAAAUCAAACCAAGCAAAGCAAAGAAGCUUGUACAGGCUCGCCUUCCAUUCAAGCGUCUGAACCCAGAACCCAAAGAGACCAGUGAGUCCAAAAGGUCUUGCAUCCUUCCAUGCCCAGAGCCUGGGCACUCUGAUGGAGAGAAUGAGGAGAGCUCCCCGCUACCCAUGCGUCAUGGACCAGCCCUGGUUAAUGGCCGCGGACCCCUGGAUGGAUUCAUGAGUCGCAGCAGCCACAGAUCUCCUGCCAAAUAUGUAGUCGUUGAUCUCACUGAGGACUCCAAUUCAGCUGACGCCCUAAAGCAGCAAACUGACACACACAUUGCUGGCUUGUUUCCUUCCAUGCAAAACGACCACCUGAGCAAAACUCCAAGUGCUGUAACAGCCACCCAAACUGAUCUCACUGCCAAAACGGGGACCUUAGACGGCAAGGUGAAGGAUGAGCAGAAGGAUAUGAAGGAGAAGGUCAGGGAGGACAUUGCAUCCAUCUCACAGAUAGACACCACACAGGAGUCAGACACGGAGGAGGAGGAGGAGGAAGAGGAAGAAGCAGAAGAUGAUGAAGAACAAGAAGAGUCUGUCACAGCUGAUAUGUCCAGUCAUGGCAAUGGGUCCAUGUUAUCUCCUUCAUCCACCAGCUCCUUGUCCACAUCCGACAGCUCCCCAGAGGCCGUUAAGACAGAGAACAUCCCUAAAGUCUCAGAGCCAAAUACCACCCCUAAAAUUGAGCAGAAAACAGUAAAAAGACGAUCUCUAAAGAGUUUGCAGGAGCAAGAGGAGAGGCUACGCCAGCGACAAGAGCGAGAGCGCCAACGGGAGGAGGCUAAAGCUGUUAAAGAAAAGAAGAAAGAGGAGGCUCGCAAACUGAAGGAAGAGAAAGAGAAGGAAAGAAAGGAAAAAAAGGAGAAAGAAGAGCGUGAAAAGAGAGAGAAAAAAGAGAAAGAAGAAAAGGAAAGGGCAGAGAAAUUACGAGUGAAAGAAGAGCAACGCAAAUCAAAGCAAGAGGCAAAACUUGAAGAAAAAAGAAAGAAAGAGGAGGAGAAACGGUUGAAAGAAGAGAAAGAUAGGCUCAAAGCAGAGAAAGCAGAGAUCACACGAUUUCUCCAGAAACCCAAGACUCCUCAGCAGGCCACAAAAACCCUUGCAUCUGCCUGUGAAAAGUUUGCUCCUUUUGAGAUAAAGGAGCACAUGUGUCUGGCUCCGCUGACCAGGGUCCGUUGUGAGGAGGCUGCCCUGGAGGAACUGGACCGAUACCUUUCUAAACCUGAGGAUAGCCUGUACAGCCUGAGAGACUGGAUUAGAAAUAAGCCCCGCAGGUCAGGCCCAACCAAGCCCAGAAGCAUAGACCCUGUGAGCGUGUGUAUGGUGAUGGAAGGUGCUAAGCCGGAUGGUGUGCCUGACCGUCAGCGCUACGGCCGUAUGAAGCUCCUUCAGUUCCGUGAAAACUACCGGCCGGCCUACUGGGGCACAUGGAGCAAAAAGAGCCCCCACAUCUCCCCCCGCUGCCCCCUCAGACAGGACAAGGAUCUGUUGGAUUAUGACGUGGACAGUGAUGAGGAGUGGGAGGAGGAGGAGCCAGGAGAGUCCCUGUCCCAUAGUGAAGGGGAGGAUAACGAUGAGGGAGGUGAUAACGAUGACGACGACGAGGAUGGUUUCUUUGUACCGCAUGGGUACCUGUCAGAUGGGGAGGGGGCACUGGAGGAGGAAGAGGAGGGUGGUGACCUGGAGAAGCAGAAGGUGCGUCAGAGUCUGAAGGCCCGGGAGUGGGACGAGUUAAUGUCCAAGAAAAAGGUGAAGGUGCUGGAGGCGGUGGUCAGGGGCUGUGUGUGGGAGGGAGAGGGUCCCCCCUUGGAGCUCUUCCAGCAGUUCGCUGUGUGCCUGGUGGAACCCUUGCCAAAGCUGGAGCCCACCACCCCAGAUGACAGCACACAGAAACGACAAGAAGAUGAGCAGCUGUUGUCCCAAUUGCUUCCACUUCUCCAUGGAAAUGUGAACAGCAGUAAGGUGAUCAUCACAGAGUUUCAGGAGUUCUGUCGCCAGCAAGCAACCUUGCCCAUCUCCAGCCCCCAGAACUCAGGAGAAAACGUCCCCACCAGGAUCCGUCUGAAGCGCCUCAUCAAGGGGAAUGCCGUGUACGAGAAGCGCUCGACCUAUAGACGCUGCUGCUGGUACGUACACGCAGAGGUCUUGCCUCGUUUCAGCCAGGAGGCUCUCCCAGUACCCUGCCAGUGGAACUACCUCACCUCAGGGGCCCAUGUGCCCCGUGAAGAGACACCAGCGGCCACAGGCUCACAAGGAAACUCCCCAACAACCCCCCAGCCCUCCACCACAUCAUCUUCUAAGACUCCCUCCUCCAACAAGAGGAAGAGCGCUGGCAGCAUGUCCAUCACCAAGUUCAUGAAGAAAGCUGCUGACCCAGAGCAGGUGGAGGUAAUGGAGACGGACGGGUUCCAGGCAGACACAGAAGAGGACGAGGAUGAAGCAGAGUGCAUCAUAAUAGACACAACAAAAGGAUCCUCCAGAACGAACGGUUCUGAUACAGGGAACGAGAACACAGAACAAAUGGAGGUGAUCCCCUCUGACACAGCUACUCUACCCCUGCCCCGGCCCACCCCCACCCCAGCCACUGCCUAAGGACUGCCCCUUGACUGUGUGUUUGCAUGUCAGAGACAGAAUCAGGUCUUCAAUCAAGAUAACACUGGUAGUGGCAAACAUGUCACAAACAGUAUUACGCCCCCUCUCAGCUCAACAUGGACAUCUGCCUGUAAAAUUUGAAGUGUCUGACAGAAGAUCUUAUUUGGCCAUUGUGUAUUUCGUUCUAAUGUUCAGCGAUUCAUUACUUGGUUCAGUUGGGAGUGUCGGGCAUGUUUAUAUAGAUGUCUUUGCUUUGUGAGAAGAGGAAGGUGGCGCCGACGGUCAAGGCUCUUCUCCCACAGCAGAUUGGGCGGUGGACCAGUGACCGCUGGAGUAGAUUCCGCCUGCUGUAGGCCCAGUGUCCUUUUUAUAUAUAUAUGUAUUUGUUUUUUCAAAAAUACUUGAACUGGUUGAAUUCAUAAACAAAUAAUAUGAUUAAAUGUACUGCACUUU